CGUUCGCGAACUUCUUUGUAAUGUGCUCGAUCGGAGACGCCGGGUUGUGUUUUUUUAGAAUAGCGAAAUUGUAUACCUUUUCGACCGAGCCCUAGUGAACUACUGUUCUAGUUGCACCGGUCGCUUUUAACUGAGUGAGCUCGAUCAGUGAUCUGCCACAGGGAAGGGAUGCCAGCACAGUUGGCGAGCUCGCCUCUCUUCCCGAGGGACGUUCUAAAUGGAACCGUAUUGUGAAAGUGGUGCGGUAAGGGAAGUGUAUGCAUUCCAGAUAUGAUACGCUAGGAGGAUCGACGCGGACUCCCCACGGUAGCUCGCACUACCCGAACUUUUAUUGGCUUCUUCGAUGUGAAGGAUGCAGCAGCCUCACCUUGAAAAUGCGAGCACGACAGCGAAUGCCCCUACCUCCAGCAAGGUGUUGGACGAGCAGAGUAUGAGCAUAUUCGAAGAGCUUGUGGACGACGUCAUACUAGGAGCCUGCUUUGAGGUUCACCGUUCUGUCAAAUUGGGCAUCUUCUUUCUAGACGAAGCCACAGAUGACGAAAAGAAAUACGAAAUAGUGGAUGAAGUAGGCUUGGAUGUCUUUGGUCAAGUUCCUCUGAAGAAGCAGUUCGAAUGCGUGUGUCCAAACUGUCAAAGGAAUUUGGCUGCGUCGCGCUUUGCGCCUCAUCUAGAAAAAUGUAUGGGUAUGGGAAGAAACAGCUCAAGGAUCGCAAGCAAGAGGAUUGCAAACACCGGCAGAGCGGAAAGCGACGUAGAUGAUUACGAUAAUGACAGUGACUGGAACUACCUGUCUGAUCGAAAACCGGCCAAGAAAAGGAAAGAUAGGAACUGCCCACGCAAAAUUAAAGGAAAGCCUAAAAAUGGAGAACAAGCAAGCACUAGCAGUGCAUCAGGAGAGACCUCAAACAGCAUUUCAACUUACGAAAGCCUUUCUAUGGAGGAAAGAAAGGCUUUGUUGACGCAGAUGUGCGGAGUGAUCUCGGAGCACACAAAAAAAAUGUGCACCCGUUCUCAGCGUUGCCCACAGCACACAGAUGAGCAGCGCAAAGCAGUCAGGCAGUUCCUUUUGAAUCAAGGCGCUGGAAGCAGCACGCUAUCUGCAGACGCCAGUGAUGAAGUGCACAUUGACGUUGACACGUUUGACGAGGCCGACAACCACGCACUGCACGACACGAUCGGGCAGCUGUGGGAAACCGUCAGUUCCACCAACUCCUCCCCUGCAGAUGGUAGCUUCCAGGGAAACAAUGGUGCCGUGGGAAAAAAGAAGGACAAACGUCUACAGCCUUUUGGCAGCUCAGCGAAGAAACCCAACAAGUCACGGCCCAGCAGCAGCAGCGGCCCUUCGAGUGCGGCCGUCGAACCAGUGAGCUCCGACCUGCUUUGACUGGGAGGGGUGUUCGUGCCCCAGUGCCAAACAUCUCGCCCAUGUGGUUCCUCUCUUCCUGGCAUGCUGCUGCGAAGGACGCUUUCCACCUCGCUUCUUGUUGCUGCUACGCGUUGGUUUUCCUCGAGGAAAGUGGGGAUUCUCAACAGCUGCCUUCCCCGUUUAGUCAACCACACGAACCGGUCAUCGCAUCGGGAGGUAAAGGAAAGCGGCAGCCUCCUUUCGCUCUUCUGCAGAGCUCUCCGCGCAGUGUUAGUCCUCUCAGCUGGCAGAGGGGCUGACGGCCGCGUAGCACCGACACAAUUCUAGUAUGUGUAUUUAUGGCUGUGGUGGUUCCAUGUCGCCCUGUGCAAAACUCUCCCCACGUUAGUGUGAGUUGUCAUACACGGUGUGUGCACCUCUAGCUAUCUCCUCCCAUUGUGGUUAUGAGAUGCUGGGCAUUGUCAUGGGUAGGGAACAGCUUCAAAUCGGGCGGCUUUGUCUUUUGUUAAUGAAGUAACAGCAAAAAGCGCAUCAUGUGUUGUUAUUAAAGGGACUUUUUUCCUCGUGCAUCCUGUCCACCAACGGUGCAGUGAGUUGUUAUCUGGUAUGUGUUCUGCUGUAAUGUACCCUCGUUUCAGAAAACUUCAGCGUGAGUGACAUUUUUUUGGUAACUUCUUUUCUUUUCUGUGAAGGUUAUCGAAAUUCAACAACCUGUGUUCAUUGUCGUUUUCGUCGCCUUUUUGCUUGUAUAUAUCGUUGGGUGCAUUCAGUAACACUAGAAUGCACGUGCUAAAGAACAAUAAAAACGCUUGAUGCAGUGACGCACCAAAUCUGUGCUCGGCAGCAAUGAGAAAGCACAAUCACUUUAGCUAGGCUGUCUGUUCUCUGCCCAUGACUCUCCCAUUAACCAGUGUGAGGGCGAACUAUUCCUGCACAUUUUCUUCUUUUUUUUCUGCUUCCCUUGUUCUCAAUACAAAGGCAAGAAAGAGGGGAAGGAAGUCAUUGCGACCCGUAAAUGUGUGCAGGGCGAGACUUACUACUCAGGUGUAACAACUUUUUGUUUGUUCGUUUUUUUCCUCCCUCAUUGGGAAAAUGGAACACGUGGACACCAGUUUUGUCUUCUCACAUUUCUUUUGUCUGUGAUAUUCGCAGUGGCAGCCAGCCCGUUCUCUCUUCGUUCUCAUAACAACAAGGUCACGAAAAGUGUGUGCGUGUUUGGGUGGAGAGGCAUGUGUGCUGUCGGAAUCUCUCGUUGUUGUAAGAGUGGCAGUGUCAUUGAUUUCAGUAGCCACUGUUUCAUUGUUUUGUUUGUUGUCUUACGUUUGUUAAGUUGUUUUUCUUCCUUUUUUUCCCCCCCACGAGUAUUAAGACUCUCUUCUUUCAUUUAAGUGAUGUUCGUCGGCAGCCACUAGGAAUAAGCUGAUAAACUGUGGAGGGUAGUCUUAAUACAAAAGUGUUCAAUGACCAGCGAUGUGAAAAAGCAUUACUGCCACGUAAAAUUUGAGCUUAACGCCUUGGAGAACAUAACACAAAAAGCCUUUUCCAGUUUUGUCCCCAAGAGCGGCGCAUUGUACUUGUUCUUCAGCAUGAUGUAUGUGGACAGAGUUACACAUUGCUCAGUAUAACCUGCACCAACAACUUUUUUUUAUGGGAAAGCAUUUUACGUGGCAGUAGUAUCGUACUGGCCUCUAAAAGGACAAAACUAUGUAGGAAAAGCUUCUAGCCUUGGAUCUUUUUUUUUUUCCAGUGCAUGUAACAGCGUAACAAAAUACUUAACUGGACCAUGCGCGAUAUCGAAGCAGAUUGAUUUUGAUGCACCACACUGUGUGAAAAUUUAGAAAUUCGGUCAACUCGGCAACGUGAACACUGUGUGAUUGUUCAUUAUUUCUUUCCAACUGUGAUAUGCACAGGAGUGUGUUGACAUGGGAUCAUGUAUGCUUGGAAAGGCAAAAGUGUGAAUAAAGUUGCCUCAUUUUGUACUGCCA